AUGAAAACUGCACCUAUAUCAUUUGAUUGGCAAAUGACUCAAACUUUUUCAUCUUCAAUUUUAAAAGAAUUGCAGAAAAAAGUCAAAUAUAUUGAUCAUUGUCUUUAUUUACUUGAUGGUCGUUUCCAUCAACUUGAAAAAUUUUAUGUUAAUGUUGAUAUCAUUGCUCCUCAUUGGUCAACAAUCUAUACAAAGGUAGACAAAAAAGUGGGCCGAUGCCAUAUUUAUUCUCUUCCUUAUACAAUGAAACAUUAUAAAAAUAUAACAAAUAAUUUUCCCGGUGGAUUAUUUAAAUGUGUUCGUGAAAUAUCAUUAUCUGAUGGACGUCCUUUUGAACAUGAAUUUUUCAUUCGAAUUGCUCAAGCAUUUCCAUUUCUUAAAAUAUUAUCUUUAAAAAGUGCAAAACCACAACAACACAAACAAUCUAAAAAAUCAAUGAAUGAAAACAAUCAAGAAUAUACGAUUGUUAAAUAUUCUCAUCUCACUGAAUUAGACCUUGAUGAUGUGCACGAUGAUUAUGUUGAAGAGUUUCUCGAUACUGCAAAAACAUAUUUCUCAAAAAAUAUUUUUCUUCAAGUCUUCUAUGCACCUCUAGAAAGAGUGAUACAUAAUUUUAAACGAGAACCAACACGAGCCAAUUGUGCUAAAUUGAACAAUCUACAUCUUUAUAAUUAUAAUGAAUGCAAAAUGUUCCAAUAUAGUUCCUACUUUCCUCUUAUAAAUUUUAAGCGUUUUUCUUGA